ACUGUGUAGUUUUAGUCCCAGUCUGCCGCUGUUUGCUGAAAACAGGCAGACGCGAGAUGGAAGAAGCUGCCAGAAGUUUCUUACUACGUUAAACCCAGGCAUCUGCCUCUGUCGCUGAGCUGAUAGUAAGGAACAGCAGUAACCUCAGGAGAAAGGCAUCCAGGGUCAGCACUGGGCUCUGCCUGUGGCUAGCAAGAGAAGAAACACAGUCCUGGAAAUGCCUCUUUUAGAUUCAUCUUAUUUGCCGCCAACCAUCUUUGUUUUGACUCACAUUCUUGGAAUUGCUGGUGUUCUGUACUGGAAGAGAUGCGUCAGAGACAGAGCAGAUGAGCGGGAUCGAGUUCAAAAGAAAACGUUCACCAAGUGGGUCAACAAGCACUUGAUGAAGGUUCGCAAACACAUCAAUGAUCUAUAUGAAGACCUUCGGGAUGGACACAACCUGAUCUCCCUGUUGGAGGUCCUCUCAGGCAUCAAACUGCCUCGGGAGAAGGGCAGGAUGCGUUUCCACAGGCUGCAGAAUGUGCAGAUUGCCCUGGACUUCUUAAAGCAGCGGCAGGUGAAGCUAGUGAACAUCCGCAACGACGACAUCACGGAUGGCAACCCCAAACUAACCCUGGGGCUGAUCUGGACCAUUAUUUUGCAUUUCCAGAUAUCUGAUAUCUACAUUAGUGGGGAAUCAGGGGAUAUGUCAGCCAAGGAGAAACUACUCUUGUGGACUCAGAAAGUAACAGCUGGUUACACAGGAAUCAAAUGCACCAACUUUUCUUCCUGCUGGAGCGACGGGAAAAUGUUCAAUGCACUGAUUCACAGAUACAGACCCGAUCUGGUAGAUAUGGAAAGAGUGCAAAUCCAGAGUAACCGGGAGAAUCUGGAACAGGCUUUUGAAGUAGCCGAGAGACUUGGGGUCACCAGAUUGCUGGAUGCAGAAGAUGUGGAUGUACCAUCUCCAGAUGAAAAGUCUGUAAUCACUUACGUGUCUUCAAUUUAUGAUGCCUUCCCCAAAGUCCCUGAGGGCGGAGAAGGGAUCAGUGCUACGGAGGUGGAUGCCAGGUGGCAAGAAUACCAAAGCCGAGUGGACUCACUCCUUCCCUGGAUCAGACAGCAUACGAUCUUGAUGUCAGAUAAAUCUUUCCCCCAGAACCCUGUUGAACUAAAGGCACUUUAUAACCAAUAUAUACACUUCAAAGAAACAGAAAUUCUUGCCAAGGAGAGAGAGAAAGGAAGAAUCAAAGAGUUAUAUAAGUUACUGGAGGUGUGGAUUGAAUUUGGCAGAAUUAAACUGCCUCAAGGCUACCACCCUAAUCAUGUAGAAGAAGAAUGGGGGAAACUCAUCAUUGAAAUGCUGGAGCGAGAGAAAUCCCUACGGCCUGCUGUGGAAAGGCUGGAAUUGCUGCUUCAGAUUGCAAAUAAAAUACAGAAUGGUGCUUUGAACUGUGAAGAAAAACUGACACUAGCGAAGAAUACACUGCAGGCUGAUGCUGCACAUCUGGAAUCAGGACAGCCAGUCCAGUGUGAGUCAGAUGUCAUCAUGUACAUUCAAGAGUGCGAAGGUCUCAUCAGGCAGCUGCAGGUGGAUCUCCAGAUCCUCCGGGAUGAGAAGUACUACCAGCUGGAAGAACUGGCCUUUAGGGUCAUGCGUCUGCAGGACGAGCUGGUCACCCUGCGCUUAGAGUGUACGAAUCUAUACCGGAAAGGCCAUUUUACGUCACUUGAAUUGGUCCCACCCUCUACCUUAACCACUACACAUCUGAAAGCAGAACCCCUGAACAAGACAACUCAUUCUUCUACCUCCUGGUUUCGAAAACCUAUGACCCGGGCUGAACUUGUAUCUAUCUCCUCCUCUGAAGAUGAAGGCAGUCUCCGAUUUGUAUAUGAACUACUUUCUUGGGUAGAAGAGAUGCAGAUGAAGCUGGAACGAGCAGAGUGGGGUAAUGAUCUGCCUAGUGUGGAGUUGCAGCUGGAAACACAGCAGCAUAUCCACACCAGCGUGGAGGAGCUGGGCUCGAGUGUCAAAGAGGCUAGGCUGUACGAGGGAAAGAUGUCCCAGAAUUUUCAUACCAGCUAUGUUGAAACUCUUGGAAAGUUGGAGACCCAGUACUGUAAACUGAAGGAGACUUCUAGCUUCCGAAUGAGGCACCUUCAGAGCUUGCACAAGUUUGUCUCCAGAGCUACAGCUGAGCUGAUCUGGUUGAAUGGGAAGGAAGAAGAAGAGCUAGCCUGUGACUGGAGUGACAGCAACCCUAAUAUCUCAGCCAAGAAAACCUACUUCUCUGAGUUGACAAUGGAACUGGAAGGGAAACAAGAUGUAUUUCGUUCUCUACAAGAUACAGCAGAACGCUUGUCACUUGAAAACCAUCCAGCUAAACAAACAGUGGAGGCAUAUAGUGCUGCUGUCCAGUCACAGCUGCAGUGGAUGAAGCAGCUGUGCUUAUGUGUGGAGCAACAUGUGAAAGAGAAUGCAGCUUACUUCCAGUUCUUCAGUGAUGCCCGAGACCUGGAGUCAUUCCUGAGAAACCUCCAAGACUCCAUCAAACGAAAAUAUACCUGCGACCACAGCACCAGUCUGUCCCGCCUCGAGGACCUGCUCCAGGACUCCAUGGAUGAAAAGGAGCAGCUUAUACAGUCCAAGAGUUCCGUUGCCAGUCUUGUUGGGAGAUCAAAAACGAUUGUCCAGCUAAAACCGCGCAAUCCAGACCAUCUGCUAAAGAGCACUCUAUCUGUGAAGGCCAUUUGUGACUACCGGCAGAUUGAGAUCACUAUUUGCAAAAAUGAUGAAUGUGUGUUGGAAGAUAAUUCUCAGAGGACCAAAUGGAAGGUGAUCAGCCCUACAGGGAACGAGGCAAUGGUGCCAUCAGUCUGCUUCAUCAUUCCCCCUCCCAAUAAGGAUGCCAUUGAGAUGGCCAGCAGGGUAGAGCAAUCUUACCAGAAGGUGAUGGCUCUUUGGCACCAGCUGCACGUUAACACCAAAAGCCUUAUCUCCUGGAACUAUCUGCGGAAGGACCUUGACCUCGUACAAACCUGGAACAUAGAAAAGCUUCGUUCCUUAGCCCCAGGAGAGUGCCAUCAGGUUAUGAAGAACCUCCAGGCCCACUAUGAAGACUUUCUACAGGACAGUCAUGACUCUUCUGUCUUCUCAGUGGCUGAUCGCUUGCGAAUGGAAGAGGAAGUGGAAGUUUGUAAAGCCCACUUCCAGCACCUGAUGAAAUCAAUGGAGAAUGAGGACAAAGAAGAGUCUGUAGCCAAAGUGUACAUCUCAGAGCUGAAGAACAUCCGGCUACGCCUGGAGGAGUGUGAGCAGAGACUCCUCAAACAGAUUCAGUCUCCAGCCAGCUCUAAGACUGACAGAGAUGCCAGGCAGGACAUUGCAUUAAGGAUUGCAGAGCAGGAGCACACUCAAGAGGAUUUGCAGCGUCUGAGAUCUGACUUGGAUGCUAUUUCUGUGAAAUGUAGCAUCUUUCUUCAGCAGUCUCCAUCAGGCUCAAGUGCCACCACUCUGCGCUCAGAGCUGAACCUAAUGGUAGAGAAGAUGGACCACACCUAUGGUCUGUCUACUGUCUAUCUGAAUAAAUUAAAGACUAUUGAUGUGAUAGUACGUAGCAUACAAGAUGCUGAACUGCUGGUCAAAGGUUAUGAGAUCAAGCUGAGUCAAGAAGAAGCUGUGCCAGCAGACCUCUCAGCUCUGGAGUCCCAUCGGGCCACACUACAGCAUUGGCUUAAUGACGUGAAGGAUAAGAAUUCAGUGUUCUCAGUCCUGGAUGAGGAAAUCACUAAGGCAAAGGAAGUGGCAGAACAGCUUCGUCACCUAACACCAGAGCAAAACUUGGAUUUGGAGCGUUAUCAGGAGAAGGGUUCUCAGCUUCAGGAGCGCUGGCAUCGAGUCCUUGCCCAGCUGGAAACCCGGCAAUCUGAGGUGGAAAGUAUCCAGGAAAUUCUGAGAGAUUACCGAGCCUGCCAUGGAACUCUUAUCAAGUGGAUUGAGGAAACCACUGCCCAGCAGGAGCUGAUGAAGCCAGGCCAGGCAGAAGAUAGCCGAGUGCUGUCAGAUCAGCUCAGUCAGCAGACGGAACUGUUUGCAGAAAUUGAGAGAAAUCAGACAAAACUGGACCAAUGUCAAAAAUUUUCCCAGCAGUACUCCACUAUUGUGAAGGACUAUGAGUUGCAGCUGAUGACAUACAAGGCCUUUGUGGAAUCGCAGCAGAAAUCCCCUGGCAAGCGCCGCCGCAUGCUCUCCUCUUCAGAUGCCAUCACACAGGAGUUCAUGGACUUGAGGACUCGAUACACAGCUUUGGUGACAUUAACAACUCAGCAUGUGAAAUAUAUCAGCGAUGCUCUCCGGCGGUUAGAGGAGGAAGAGAAAGUGGUAGAAGAGGAAAAGCAGGAACAUGUGGAGAAGGUUAAAGAACUCUUGGGUUGGGUAUCUACCCUGGCAAGAAAUACACAAGGAACAGCUACCUCAUCCCACACCAGUGCGUCCACAGACAUUGAAAAGGCCAUUUUGGAGCAGCAGGUUCUGACAGAAGAACUGACAACCAAGAAAGAACAAGUUUCUGAGGCCAUUAAAACGUCACAGAUCUUCUUGGCUAAGCAUGGUCAUAAGCUCUCAGAAAAAGAGAAGGAGCAGAUCUCCGAGCAGUUGAGUGCCCUGAACAAGGCUUAUCAUGACCUUUGUGACGGCUCUGCCAACCAGCUCCAGCAGCUCCAAAGCGAGCUGGCUCAGCAGACAGAACAAAAGGGUUGCAGAGCUGUUGCUGGGGUGAUUGACCUAGGCACAGUGGAGAUAUUUCCCAUCUUCAGAGCCAUGCAAAAGGGCCUUAUUGACCAAGACACAGGCCUUGUGCUCCUGGAAUCCCAGGUUAUCAUGUCUGGCCUCAUUGCCCCUGAGAACAGUGAAAAACUCUCUUUGGAAGAGGGUCUCGCCAGAAACCUCAUUAAUCUUCCAAUGUACCAACAGCUCCUGGAGCUACAGGAUUCUCUGUCCUUAAUAAGCAGGCUUGCAGAGACCCAAGGCCCCCGUUCUGUGGUGGAAGCAAUUGAAAGAAAAAUAAUCAGUGAGAGACUCGGACUGAAAAUCUUAGAAGCUCACCUGGCAACUGGAGGUUUCAGUCUCUCUCCAAGUGAGAACUGUAUUAAUCUGGAAGAAGCUUUUCAUCAAGGUUUCAUUUCAUCAUGGCUUCAUUCAGUGUUACAGUCUCACCUGAGAUCAUCCAAGAAUUUGAUAGACCCUAACACAGCUGAGAAAGUUGGCUUGCUGGAACUGAUGCAGAGGUGUAUCAUCCAUCAAGAAUCAGGCCUGAAAUUGCUGCCUGUCAAGCAGUUGGCAGGGGGAAUGGUGAGCUUGAGGUCAGGUCGGAAGGUUAGCAUUUUCCGUGCCGUUCAGGAAGGAUUGAUAGAUAAGCAGGUCACUGUCCGACUGCUGGAAGCUCAGCUUUUUGCUGGUGGCAUAGUAGAUCCAAGAACAGGACACAGACUUACAGUGGAAGAGGCUGUGAGACAUAAUUUGAUUGACCAAGAUAUGGCCUGUGCUAUUCUCAUAAGGCAGCUUCAGACAGGGGGCAUCAUUGACACUGUCACGGGGAAUAGGAUGACAGUGGACGAAGCAGUGAGCAAUAAUCUAGUAGCUGCUAAGACUGCCCUUGUAAUUCUGGAAUCCCUCUGGUCAUUCAUGGGGUUACUAUGGCCUGAAUCUGGUGAGAUACUCCCAAUUACAGAUGCUCUAGAACAAGGUAUUGUGUCUACUGAAUUAGCACAUAAAAUUCUCAGUAAACGACAGCAAAUUGAGGCUCUUUUUCUACCAACAGUUACAGAGAUUUGGUCCUGGAAGAAAGCAACAGAGAGUGGUAUCUUAGAUAAAGAACUUGUGAAUAACUUAAGAUCAAUUUGUAUCCCUGAUGUUAUGCCUCACAUACAACUAGCAGACUCAGCAGAACAAAGUAAAUUAGGUGUUGCUCCUGGUACCCUACCCCUGUCAUGCCAAAGAGAGAAAAUAGUAAGCCAUGGAGAGAAGCUAUUGUUUCAACUGAUGACUCACAGCUACAUUAAUGUACAGACUGGGCAGAGACUGCUUCUGUUGGAUCAGGAGCUGCUGGAGAUUCUAUCAUCCAGAGAUGAAUGUCAAACAGAUCUUCCAGAUGUAUUUGAAAUUCAGCAUCAAAGACUAGACACGUCUGGGGAAUUGCAAGAAUUGGAUACUGGAAGUAACACCCAAAUUUCCAGUGCUAAAUGUACUAGGAAGCCCUGUGAAUCCCAGUUUUCUUCUCAGAACAAAGACUAUCCCAAGCCAGAAAACUAUCCUGAAGCAAAAGGCAAAAGGACUGUUGUAGGAAUAGAGUGCUCUUCUGAAGAGAGCCUUGAGAAGGAUCUGUUUGUAAGAGAGCAAAAAGCAAUUACUGCAAAUGUUGGCACUUUGAAGGUCAUAAAUAAAGUCAACUUAGAGCUUCAAAGUCCAUUGUUAGAUACUAGAAAGGAAGAACAAACAGAAAUGUUUAGCAAGGAAAACACCAGUGGAGGACCCCUCCUUGUGAAAUGUCCUGAGGAAUCUGAAGGUAUGUCUUUGGUGCUUGAGAAAGACCUCCUUUCUACUGAGAAAUCAGAAUGGCAAGCUCCCACAAAGACUUCCUUCAUAUGUCAGAAAGAAAAAGUAAAGACUGUCAAAACUGAGUUUAUUCCAAGUGAAACUAUAAUACCCCUCAUAAAGUUCCAAAACAAAAAUUCACAAUGUCAGGUAGAGACUUCAAGCUUAAAAUCAGAAUUUAAGUCAGAAAAUGGUAUGAAUAUUAAUUCUUUGGAGGAAGAGUUAAAUGGAACACUUUUGGUUAAGGAUAGCCACAAACAGAGCCAAGAAGGACAGAGUGUUGCAGAUGGUCAUAUGGUGGUAUUAGAAAAGACUGAUACAGAUGGUGAUGGUGGUGAACCUUCCUUGUUGUGUGGUCAUCCUUUUGAAUUGCUGGAAGAAGCUACCUUAAGUAAGUUAUCUUCACAGCUACUGGAUGGUGGUAUCAUCCAUGAAGAAACAGGUCAGAAACUCUUACUAAAUGAUGCAAUAGGCCAAGGCCUUGUGUCUAGCCAUACUGCUGUGAAACUAAUGGGAAAACUGAACAUGUUUCGGGGCUUCUUUGACUCUCAGACCUGUGAGUCUUUGACAACUGAAGAAGUCAUUGAUGAAGGUCUGAUGGAUGAAAAAUUACUACAUAAUGUCCUUAUGUCAGACAAAGCUAUAAGUGGUGUCUUAGACCCCAGAACCAACUCACUGUGCUCUGUAAAGCAGGCUGUGGCAGCUGGCCUUCUUGACAAGGAGCUAGCCACCAGGAUUUUAGAGGGGCAGGUGGUAACUGGGGGAAUUGUGGACCUGAAACGAGGCAAAAAGCUUUCAGUAACUUUGGCCUCAAAUCUUGGUUUGGUAGACAGUGCUGACCAGACAGCCCUUAUAAAUCUGGAAAAGGCUACCAAAGGCAGAGAUGCUCAAAAAGCAGUUAAGGAGAGAUUAACUGAGCUACAAAUGGAAACAACAGGACUUAUGGACCCUGAUAGUAAAGCACCAUUAACAGUUCUGCAGUCCAUUGAUAGAGGUCUUCUGGAGAGAGAAGAAGCUGUUUCUCUGUUGGCUAAGCAAGUACUUGAUGGUGGUAUCAUUCAUCAUAUUUCUGGGUUGAGACUUUCUGUUGAUAAUGCCUUCAAACAUGGCUUAAUUGGUGAAGAUGUAGCCAGGCAGCUCAAAAAAGUUGAGAAUUUAAACCAUCAUCAAUUUUUUCAUCCUCAAACAAAGGAAGCUCUUUCCUUCUCAGAAGCCAUAAAAUUAGAUCUUGUCUCUCCAGAGUUGAAAAGAGAAAUCCAAGAGAUCCAGGACUAUAGUGGGAACUUGGGAGGCUCCUUAGCUCAUAAGACAGAAUUACCUUCAGGAAUGACACAUGGAGUCGUAGAUCCUGAGAACUGCAGAAUUAUUCCCUACUCAGAAUUAGUAAAGAAAUGUAGGAUUGACACUGAGUCUGGAUGGAGAUAUCUUGAAGUAAUCCCAUUCUCUGAUAUUAAAGAUGAGAUGAGCAACCAAGUGCUACCAUUGUCUGAAGCAGUGCAGCAUGGCAAGGUAGACUUUGCAUCUACACUGAAGGUUUUGGAAGCUCAGGCGAACACUGGUGGAAUUAUAGAUACAACCACAGGAAGAAGAUUGACAUUGGCAUCAGCUUUGGAACAGAAACUAUUGGAUGAAAACAUGGCCAGAAUUAUUGCUUUUCAUCAGAUUUCAAGUGGAGGAAUUAUUGAUAUAUAUAGUGAUCAAAGAGUGACUUUAAAGGAUGCUGUAGAGAAAAGAUUUAUUAGCCCUGAGCUGGCAUCUGUGAUCCAAGCAGAUACCUUAGAAAAGCAAGGUGGGACUGAAGUAUGUGAGUUGAAGGGUGAAUUUCCAAAACCGGAGUUACUAGUUGAGUGUGGUGAGACCUCCAAGGGGAGCUAUGAUAAAGAACAACAUGAGAAAGUGGUCCAAGUUGGAAGUCAGUGUGUUCAAGAAGAGGUUAAAGGAAGGGUUUCUAGUAGGGGAAAGGCAGAAGGAGGCAGGAAGUUUUCACUAAAGGAGAUGGAAAGCAAGUCUCAUGAUGAGGAGAAAGCUUCAUUGGACAAUAAAGUUCCUGCUGUCAUCAUAAGUCCUGGUGGUCUUGAAGGUGAACCUUCACACCAAGCUUCUGAUUUGAAACCCAGAGAGGAAGCUAGAAGUCACAUGAGAAAGUGUGCAGAUGUAGAGCAGGAGAAAGUAGCGACACAAAUAAAAACGAUUUCUCACGUACGACAAUCUACGUCAGGCCUGGAUGCUGAAGAAGCAAGAGAAUGUCAAGGGAAAAGGAUUUCAGAAGGCCAGGAAUCUCAUUGCAAAUCAGUCGGCAGACUGUUGAGUGAGCAGUCAGUGAAUGUGAGGGUUAACAGAGGAGUGGCUGUCGGGAAAAGUGUCCACACAGGCAAAGCAACAGGCCUUCCUGAGGAAAGCUUGGACCAGGAAGUUACUGUUGGUAAUGAGCAUGACUCGUGUAUAAAGAGCCAGUCUCUGAGAAUGAUUGGAAAUGAAAAGAGAAAAGACAUUGGUAGAGAAAUGAACUUUUCUGUUAUUUGUAAAACUGAAGAUUUCCCUUCCCAAGUGACAUCCAAAGAUGCUUCCCUACGAAAUCAAGAUGCUUUAACAUUCUUCAGCGAAGAGGAAAUAAAAACUGUGAACCUCUGCUCGAUCUUAAGACCAGAAGAAAAGUUACCUCAAGAAAUUGAUAGUGAUGCCCAGAAGAAACCAUUCUCUUCUGAGAUCCCAAGACCUGAAAGACUAAAUGAUCCGGACUCAGAUGGAGAAGUCCCCGUUUCAGACACAUUCCAAAUUUCCAAAAGAGACAUGUCUGCCCAAAGACCCAGCAGACAGAAUACUACUGAUGGCCAAAACCUGUGUGCUACAUCUAAAACUGGGAAGACCAAAGAUAAGAUUUUCGCUUGUAAAGAUGAUAAAGAAAAGUUAUACCAAGAAAUACCUUUGGACUCAACAAGAGCUCAUAUAUGGAAAGAACCCACAGUUUCUACCAUAAAUACAGAAGUAGUCAGUCAUCUAGACUCCUCAGAUAGAAAACAUCUUCAUGAGGAUAGCAAAGGGGAUCAUGAGCUUUGUGAAUAUGAAAAAUCUAAAAUAUCAACAACCCAGGAAACAAAAUUUCUUGAAAUAGUAAAUCCUAUAACUAGAGACCCAGAAGGAGGAUCCUCUGAAGACACAGUGGGUCAGAAAGGACCCAGGGUCUUGGUAUCCUUAUUUCCAGAGAAAUUGCCCAAAGGAAUAUUACUGAAGGAGAGCAUAGAACAACACAAUGCUGUCACUAGUCCCACUGUUUCAGAAGUCAGUGAAGAAAUGCCAGUGUCCCUGCCAUAUUCUGCAAUGAAGAUAGAUGAGAAGGUGCCUCAGGAAAAGCACAAAGAAAUCCUUGGUGAAGAACAAGCUCCCUUCAUGGCUGUACCUGGUGAGAAGGGGAAAGAAGGUGUAAACCCAGUGCCCUGCAGAGCUACUCAGAAUGUGUUUACCCGACGGCUUUGUUUAGAGCAUGAUGAGAAGCUGGUGUCCUAUCUGUCUCUCUUACGGGAUAUUGAAAUGAGAACCAAACAGAUUCAGCCUUUGGAGCUUAAUGUGGCAGAGCUGCAGGACCUGCUGUGUCAGGCCAAGGUAUUAGACAGGGAACUGAAAGAUCUGUCCACCGUGGUGAGUCAGGAAUUGGAGUGCGUGGAUCGGAUUGUUAUCAGCCAGCCACAAGAAGUUCCUGCUCAGCUGCUGAAGGCAUUAGAGAAAGAUGCCAGAAAUCUUCAGAAGUCUCUAGACUCCGUUAGUGACUCUUGGGGUUCCAGACUCCUCUACCUCCAGAAUGCCAUGGAAGUGAAACAGACCACAGUGUUCAAUCAGCACAUGGAACUGGAAGGCAAACUUGAAGAUCUGAGAGCCUGGGUUAACAGAACCAGUCUUACUCUGAACAGCAGGGGAUGUGACAGUGAAACUGAUGGGGACAACCUGCGUCACUCUCUCCAGCAGUGGGAGGUUAUAAAACAAUCUAUAGCUGAAAGGAAAUCUCAGCUGGAUGUUCUUGCUUUGGAUGUUGAGCUCUUUAUCAGUGAGCAUGCACAAGAUCUGUCUCUUCAGCAGAACCAACAGAUGCUGCAGUUUCUAAAUGAAUUACAGAGGUCCUUCCAUGACCUUGUGGAACAGACUGCAGCUCAGAUGGAGGCAUUACAGGACCAUCUUCAGCAAAUCCAGCAAGAAGUUCAGGUUAAGACUCUGCAGAAGCAUCAAAAUACCUGCCAUCAGAAGCUGGAGGACCUUCGCAGCUGGGCUGGACAGGCAGAAAGAGCUCUGGUAAGACACCAGGGCGGAGCCUCUCAGCAAGAGCUCUCUGCUUUGCAGAAGGACCAAAGGGGCUUGAAGGAUUUGCAGGAUGAUAUUCAGAAUCAUUCUGCCUCAUUUGCCUCGGCUGUCAAAGACGUUGAAGGGUUCCUGGAAGAGAACCAGACCAAGCUGAGCCCCCAAGAGUUAACGUCUCUUCGAGAAAAACUUCAUCAGGCUAAGGAGCAAUAUGAGGUUCUCCAGGAAAGGACACGGGUGGCUCAGAAGGAGCUGGAGGAAGCAGUAACAUCAGCCUUACAGCACGAGACAGAGAAGAGUAAAGCAGCAACCGAGCUGGCAGAGAACAGGAGGAAGAUUGAUGCUCUCUUGGAUUGGGUGACUUCUGUGGGGUCAUCUGAAAGACAGCCGCAGACCAGCCUUCUAGGAAUGGAGCAACUCUCUGGAGCUAGCCUUGAAACCCGAGCCUUGGAUGCCACCGAUGGUUAUGUGGAGGGGAACCAAGUACCAGAGAAACUGGACAGGCAAUAUGAGUUAAUGAAGGCACAUCACCAAGAAUUGCUGUCUCAGCAGCAGAAUUUUAUUGUGGCCACCCAGUCAGCUCAGGCCUUCCUGGACCAACAUGGUCACAAUCUUACACCUGAGGAACGACAGAAGCUACAAGAGAAACUAGGUGAACUGAAGGAACAAUAUGCAGCUUCCCUGGCCCAGUCAGAGGCAGCGCUGAAGCAGACGCAGACACUACGAGAUGAACUACAGAAGUUCCUGCAAGACCAUAGGGAAUUUGACAGCUGGCUAGAGCGAUCUGAGAAUGAGCUGAACGGUAUGCAUAAGGGCAGCAGCAGCCCUGAAGCCCUGUGCUCCUUGCUAAAGCGGCAAGGAAGCUUCUCAGAAGAUGUCAUUUCCCACAAAGGAGACUUGAGAUUUGUGACUAUCUCAGGACAGAAAGUCUUAGACACAGAAAACAAUUUUGAGGAAGGCCAGGAACCAUCAACUACCAGAAGCCUAGUGAAUGAAAAGCUGAAGGACGCAACAGAAAGAUAUAACACGCUCCACUCUAAGUGUACACGAUUGGGCUCUCACUUGAACAUGCUGCUAGGCCAGUAUCAGCAAUUCCAGAGCAGCGCUGACAGCCUGCAGGCAUGGCUGUUGACUUGUGAGGCCAAUGUGAAGAAGCUCCUCUCAGAACCUGUUGCCUCUGACCCUGCAAUCCUGCAACAGCAGCUUGCAACAACAAAGCAGUUACAGGAAGAACUGGCUGAGCACCAAGUCCCUGUAGAGAAGCUUCAGAAAGCAGCCCAUGACCUAAUGGAAAUUGAAGGAGAGCCAGCCCUGGACCGUAGGCCUAUUCAAGAAACUACAGAUUCCAUAUUCAGUCGCUUCCAGAGCCUCUCCUAUAGCUUGGCUGAGCGCUCUGCUCUGCUGCAGAAGGCAAUUGCUCAAUCUCAGAGUGUUCAGGAAAGCCUAGAGAACCUGUUGCAGUCCAUGAGGGAAGUUGAACAAAACCUGGAAGGGGAGCAGGUGGCAUCACUCUCAUCAGGGGUCAUCCAAGAAGUCUUGGCCAACAACAUGAAACUGAAACAAGACAUUGCUAGACAAAAAAGCAGCUUGGAAGCCACCCAUGAGAUGGUCACUCAGUUCAUGGAGACUGCUGACAGCACCACAGCCUCAGUGCUGCAGGGCAAACUGGCAGAGGUGAGCCAGCGCUUUGAGCAGCUCCAGCGCCAGCAGCAGGAAAAGGAGAGCACCCUAAAGAAGCUCCUGCCCCAGGCAGAGAUGUUCGAACAGCUCUCCAGUAAGCUUCAGCAGUUCAUGGAAAGCAAAAGUCGAAUGCUGGCCUCUGGAAAUCAGCCAGAUCAAGAUAUUGCACAUUUCUCCCAGCAGAUCCAGGAGCUCACUUUGGAAAUGGAAGACCAAAAGGAGAACCUAGAUACUCUUGAACACCUUGUUACUGCACUGGGCUCCUCUGGCUUUGCACUGGACCUGUCUCAGCACCAGGACAAGAUACAGACACUCAAAAAGGAUUUUACAGAGCUGCAGAAGACAGUUCAAGAAAGAGAGAAAGAUGCAUCAACUUGCCAGGAGCAGUUGGAUGAAUUCCGGAAGCUGAUUAGAACCUUCCAGAAAUGGCUGAAAGAAACUGAAGGAAAUGUUCCACCUGUAGAUACUUUCAUGAGUACUAAGGAAUUGGAAAAGCAGAUUGAACACUUGAAUGGUCUUCUAGAUGACUGGGCAAGUAAGGGGAUUCUGGUGGAAGAAAUCAGUUGUAAGGGGAGUUCCUUAGAAAAUCUCAUCAUGGAGAUCACAGCACCUGAUUCCCAAGCUAAGACAGGUUCCAUACCACCCUCUGUAGGAAGCUCUGUAGGCAGUGUAAACGGAUACCACACCUGCAAAGAUCUUACAGAAAUCCAGUGUGACAUGUCUGAUGUAAAUUCCAAGUAUGAGAAACUGGGAGAAAUCCUUCGAGAACGCCAGGAAAGCCUUCAGGCUGUCCUCAGCAGAAUGGACGAGGUUCAGAAAGAAGCAAGCUCUGUAUUACAGUGGUUAGAAUCAAAAGAGGAAAAUUUGAAAGCCAUGGAUGCCUCUUUGUCUCCAACCAAGACAGAAACAGUAAAAGCCCAAGCAGAAUCUAACAAGGCUUUCCUGACUGAAUUGGAACAGAAUUCCCCUAAGAUCCAGAAAGUAAAGGAAGCUCUGGCUGGAUUACUGAGGACAUAUCCCAACUCAAAAGAAGCAGAAAAUUGGAAAAAAAUGCAAGAAGAGCUCAAUUCCCGAUGGGAAAAGGCCACCGAGGUUACUGUGGCUCGCCAAAAGCAGCUAGAGGAAUCUGCAAGCCAUCUGGCCUGCUUCCAAACUGCAGAAUCCCAGCUCCGCCCUUGGCUGAUGGAGAAGGAACUGAUGAUGGGAGUUCUGGGACCCCUGUCUAUUGACCCCAACAUGUUGAAUGCACAGAGACAGCAGGUCCAGUUUAUGCUGAAGGAAUUUGAAGCUCGAAGGCAGCAGCAUGAGCAGCUGAACGAGGCAGCUCAGGGCCUCCUAACAGGGCCUGGGGAUCUCUCUCCAUCCACCAGCCACGUGCAGAGAGAGCUCCAAAGCAUCAAUCAGAAGUGGGUUGAGCUCACUGACAAGCUUAACUCCCGUUCCAGCCAAAUUGAUCAAGCUAUUGUUAAAAGUACCCAGUACCAAGAGUUGCUCCAGGACUUAUCAGAAAAGGUGAAAGCAGUUGGACAGCGACUGAGUGGCCAGUCAGCCAUCAGCACCCAACCUGAUGCUGUAAAGCAGCAACUAGAGGAGACCAGUGAGAUUCGGUCCGACUUGGGACAAUUAGACAAUGAGAUUAAGGAGGCUCAGACACUGUGUGAUGAACUCUCGCUGCUCAUUGGUGAGCAGUACCUCAAGGAUGAGCUGAAGAAACGUUUGGAGACAGUUGCCCUGCCACUCCAAGGCUUAGAAGAGCUUGCAGCUGAUCGCAUGAACAGACUCCAGGCAGCUCUCGCCAGCACCCAGCAAUUCCAACAAAUGUUUGAUGAGCUGAGAACCUGGUUGGAUGAAAAACAAAGCCAGCAAGCAAAAAUCUUCCCAAUUUCUGCAAAAUUGGAGCGACUCCAGUCUCAGCUACAAGAGAAUGAAGAGUUUCAGAAGAACCUUAAUCAACACAGUGGUUCCUAUGAGGUGAUUGUGGCCGAGGGGGAAUCUUUACUGCUUUCUGUGCCUCCUGGAGAAGAAAAAAAGACUUUGCAAAAUCAGUUGGUUGAACUCAAAAGCCACUGGGAAGACCUUAGUAAAAAAACUGCAGACCGACAGUCUAGGCUCAAGGACUGUAUGCAGAAAGCUCAGAAAUAUCAAUGGCAUGUGGAAGACCUUGUGCCCUGGAUAGAAGAUUGCAAGGCCAAGAUGUCUGAGUUGCAGGUUACUUUGGAUCCAGUGCAGUUGGAGGCCAGCCUCUUGAGGUCAAAGGCAAUGCUGAGUGAGGCAGAGAAGCGCCGUUCCCUGCUGGAAGUACUGAAUAGUGCUGCGGACAUUCUGAUCAAUUCUUCAGAAAUAGAUGAAGAUGAGAUCCGGGAUGAGAAGGCUGGACUCAACCAGAGCAUGGAUGCCAUUACAGAGGAGCUACAGGCCAAAACGGGCUCUCUAGAAGAAAUGACUCAGAGGCUCAAGGAAUUCCAGGAAAGCUUUAAGAAUAUUGAAAAGAAGGUUGAAGGAGCCAAACACCAGCUUGAAAUCUUCGAUGCGCUGGGCUCUCAAGCCUGUAGCAAUAAGAAUCUUGAGAAGCUAAGAGCUCAGCAAGAAGUUCUGCAGGCCCUGGAGCCUCAGGUAGACUACCUGAGGGACUUCACUCAGGGGCUGGUGGAAGACGCCCCAGCUGGAUCUGAUGCCUCCCCACUUGUGCACCAAGCUGAGGUCGCCCAGCAAGAGUUCCUGGAAGUGAAACAGCGAGUGAACAGUGGUUGCCUGACAAUGGAAACCAAGCUAGAGGGGAUUGGGCAGUUUCACUGUCGAGUUCGAGAAAUGUUUUCUCAGUUGGCUGACCUGGAUGAUGAGCUAGAUGGCAUGGGAGCCAUUGGUAGAGACACGGAUAGCCUCCAGUCACAAAUUGAGGAUGUACGGCUAUUCCUUAACAAAAUCCAAGCCCUCAGGGUCGACAUAGAGGACUCUGAAGCAGAGUGUCGAAAAAUGUUGGAGGAAGAGGGGACUUUGGACUUACUAGGUCUCAAGAGGGAGCUAGAAGCCCUUAAUAAACAGUGUGGUAAACUGACAGAGAGAGGGAAAGCUCGCCAGGAGCAGCUAGAGCUCACCCUGGGCCGAGUGGAGGACUUCUAUAGGAAACUGAAAGCACUCAAUGAUGCCACGGCAGCUGCAGAGGAGGCUGAAGCACUCCAGUGGGUUGUGGGCACUGAAGUGGAUGCCAUCAACCAGCAGCUGGCAGAUUUUAAGACAUUUCAGAAAGAACAAGUGGAUCCUCUACAGGUGAAAUUGCAGCAAGUGAAUGGACUUGGCCAGGGAUUAAUUCAGAGUGCAGGAAAAAACUGUGACGUGCAGGGUUUAGAACAUGACAUGGAGGAGAUCAAUACUCGAUGGAAUACACUGAAUAAAAAGGUUGCACAAAGAAUUGCACAACUACAGGAGGCUUUGUUACAUUGCGGGAAAUUUCAAGAUGCCUUGGAGCCAUUGCUUAGCUGGUUGGCAGACACAGAGGAGCUCAUAGCCAAUCAGAAGCCUCCAUCUGCUGAGUAUAAAGUGGUGAAAGCACAGAUCCAAGAGCAGAAGUUGCUCCAGCGACUCCUAGAUGACCGGAAGGCCACAGUGGAUAUGCUUCAGGCAGAAGGAGGCAGAAUAGCGCAGUCAGCUGAGCUAGCUGAUAGAGAGAAAAUCAACGGACAGCUGGAAAGUCUUGAACGUAGAUGGACUGAACUCCUCAACAAGGCAGCAGCCAGGCAAAAACAGCUGGAAGAUAUCUUGGUUCUGGCCAAACAAUUCCAUGAGACAGCUGAGCCUAUUUCUGACUUCUUAUCUGUCACAGAGAAAAAGCUUGCUAACUCGGAACCUGUUGGCACUCAGACUGCCAAAAUACAGCAGCAGAUUAUUCGUCACAAGGCUCUAGAGGAAGAAAUAGAAAACCAUGCAACAGAUGUGCACCAGGCAGUUAAAAUUGGGCAGUCCCUCUCCGCCCUGACAUGUCCUGCAGAGCAGGGUAGCAUGUCAGAAAAACUAGAUUCAUUGCAGGCCCGAUACAGUGAGAUUCAAGACCGGUGCUGUCGGAAGGCCACCCUGCUUGAGCAGGCACUGUUCAACGCUAGACUGUUUGGGGAGGAUGAGGUGGAGGUGCUCAAUUGGCUGGCUGAGGUUGAGGACAAGCUCAGUACAGUGUUCGUAAAGGAUUACAGACAGGAUGUCCUGCAGAAACAGCAUGCUGAUCACCUGGCUUUAAAUGAAGAAAUUAUUAAUAGAAAGAAGAAUGUAGAUCAAGCUAUUAAAAAUGGUCAGGCUCUUCUAAAGCAAACUACAGGUGAGGAAGUGUUACUUAUCCAGGAGAAGCUGGACGGAAUAAAGACCCGUUACGCAGACAUUACAGUCACUAGCUCCAAGGCCCUCAGAACUUUAGAACAAGCCCGGCAGCUGGCCACCAAGUUCCAUUCUACAUAUGAGGAACUAACUGGGUGGCUGAGGGAGGUGGAGGAAGAACUGGCAGCCAGUGGAGGACAGUCUCCCACAGGGGAGCAAAUACCCCAGUUUCAGCAAAGACAGAAGGAACUGAAGAAGGAGGUCAUGGAGCACAGGCUGGUGUUGGACACAGUGAAUGAGGUGAGCCAUGCUCUCCUAGAGCUGGUGCCCUGGAGAGCCAGAGAAGGGCUGGAUAAACUUGUGUCUGAUGCCAACGAGCAGUACAAACUGAUCAGUGACACUAUUGGACAAAGGGUGGAUGAAAUUGAUGCUGCUAUUCAGAGAUCACAACAGUACGAGCAAGCUGCUGAUGCAGAACUAGCAUGGGCUGCUGAAACAAAGCGAAAGCUGAUGGCACUUGGUCCAAUUCGUCUGGAGCAAGACCAGACCACUGCUCAGCUGCAGGUACAAAAGGCUUUCUCCAUUGACAUCAUCCGACACAAAGAUUCAGUGGAUGAGCUGCUCAGUCACCGUGGUGAAAUAUUUAGCACAUGUGGAGAGGAGCAGAAAGCUGUACUGCAGGAGAAAACUGAGUGUCUAAUACAGCAAUAUGAAGCUGUUAGCCUGCUCAACUCAGAGCGCUAUGCCCGCCUAGAGCGGGCACAGGUCCUAGUGAACCAGUUUUGGGAAACAUAUGAAGAGCUUAGCCCCUGGGCCGAAGAAACUCUAGCAUUAAUAGCACAGCUGCCCCCUCCAGCUGUCGAUCACGAGCAACUCAGACAGCAGCAGGAAGAGAUGAGGCAACUGAGGGAAUCCAUUGCUGAGCACAAGCCUCAUAUUGAUAAGAUACUAAAGAUAGGCCCACAAUUAAAGGAGUUAAACCCUGAAGAAGGAAAAAUGGUGGAAGAAAAAUACCAGAAAGCAGAAAACAUGUAUGCCCAAAUAAAAGAUGAGGUGCGCCAACGGGCCCUGGCUCUGGAUGAGGCUGUGUCCCAGUCUGCUCAGAUCACAGAGUUUCAUGAUAAAAUUGAACCCAUGUUGGAAACUCUGGAGAACCUUUCUUCUCGCCUGCGGAUGCCGCCCCUGAUUCCUGCUGAAGUUGACAAGAUUAGAGAGUGCAUCAGUGACAAUAAAAGUGCUACCAUGGAGCUGGAAAAACUGCAGCCAUCCUUUGAGGCCCUGAAGCGUCGUGGAGAGGAACUCAUUGGGAGAUCUCAGGGAGCAGACAAGGAUCUGGCUGCAAAAGAAAUCCAGGACAAGCUGGAUCAAAUGGUAUUCUUCUGGGAGGACAUCAAAGCACGGUCUGAAGAGCGAGAAAUUAAAUUCCUUGAUGUCCUUGAGUUAGCAGAAAAGUUCUGGUAUGAUAUGGCAGCUCUCCUGACGACUAUCAAAGACACCCAGGAUAUUGUCCAUGACUUGGAAAGCCCUGGCAUUGACCCAUCCAUCAUCAAGCAACAGGUUGAAGCUGCUGAGACAAUUAAGGAGGAGACAGAUGGUCUGCAUGAGGAAUUGGAGUUCAUUAGAAUCCUUGGAACAGAUUUGAUUUUUGCCUGUGGAGAAACUGAGAAACCUGAAGUGAAGAAGAGCAUUGAUGAGAUGAAUAAUGCUUGGGAGAAUUUAAACAAAACUUGGAAAGAAAGGCUAGAAAAACUUGAGGAUGCCAUGCAAGCGGCUGUGCAGUAUCAGGACACUCUCCAGGCUAUGUUUGACUGGCUAGACAACACUGUGAUCAAACUCUGCACCAUGCCACCAGUGGGCACUGACCUCAACACUGUCAAAGAUCAGUUAAAUGAAAUGAAGGAGUUCAAAGUAGAAGUUUACCAACAACAAAUUGAGAUGGAAAAACUCAUUCACCAGGGUGAAUUGAUGUUAAAGAAAGCUACUGAUGAAACAGACAGAGACAUUAUACGAGAACCAUUGACAGAACUCAAACACCUCUGGGAGAACCUGGAUGAGAAAAUUGCCCAUCGACAGCAUAAACUAGAAGGUGCUCUCUUGGCCCUUGGCCAGUUCCAGCAUGCCUUAGAGGAACUAAUGAGUUGGCUAACUCACACUGAAGAGCUGCUUGAUGCUCAGAGACCAAUAAGUGGAGAUCCAAAAGUCAUUGAAGUUGAGCUUGCAAAACACCAUGUUCUGAAAAAUGAUGUUUUGGCUCAUCAAGCCACCGUGGAAACAGUCAACAAAGCUGGCAAUGAACUUCUUGAAUCUAGUGCUGGAGAUGAUGCCAGCAGCCUAAGGAGCCGCCUGGAAACCAUGAACCAGUGCUGGGAAUCUGUGCUGCAAAAGACAGAGGAGAGGGAGCAGCAGCUCCAGUCAACUCUGCAGCAGGCCCAGGGUUUCCACAGUGAAAUUGAAGAUUUCCUCUUGGAACUCAAUAGAAUGGAGAGCCAGCUUUCUGCAUCUAAGCCCACAGGAGGACUCCCUGAGACUGCUAGAGAACAGCUUGACACACACAUGGAACUGCAUUCUCAGCUGAGAGCCAAAGAAGAGACUUACAAUCAGCUGCUUGACAAGGGAAGGCUUAUGCUCCUUGGCCGUGGUGAUUCUGGGUCUGGCUCAAAGACUGAGCAGAGUGUGGUUCUCUUGGAACAGAAGUGGCACGUGGUCAGCAGUAAGAUGGAAGAAAGAAAGUCAAAGCUCGAAGAGGCCCUUAGCCUGGCAACAGAAUUCCAGAAUUCCCUGCAAGAAUUUAUCAACUGGCUUACUCUAGCAGAGCAGAGUUUAAACAUCGCCUCACCUCCCAGUCUGAUUUUGAACACUGUUCUUUCACAGAUAGAAGAGCACAAGGUUUUUGCUAAUGAAGUAAACGCUCAUCGAGACCAGAUCAUCGAGUUGGAUCAAACAGGGAACCAGUUGAAGUUCCUUAGUCAGAAACAGGAUGUUGUCUUGAUCAAGAAUCUGUUAGUUAGUGUCCAAUCUCGGUGGGAGAAGGUUGUUCAGAGAUCUGUUGAAAGGGGGAGAUCACUGGAUGAUGCCAGGAAGCGGGCAAAACAAUUCUAUGAAGCUUGGAAAAAACUGAUUGACUGGCUAGAAGAUGCAGAGAGUCAUCUGGAUUCAGAACUGGAGAUUUCCAAUGACCCAGACAAAAUAAAACUUCAGCUUUCUAAACAUAAGGAAUUUCAGAAAACUCUCGGUGGCAAACAGCCUGUGUACGACACCACAAUCAGAACUGGCAGAGCACUCAAAGACAAGACUUUGCUUGCUGAUGACACUCAGAAACUUGACAACUUGCUAGGAGAAGUCAGAGACAAAUGGGAUACCGUCUGUGGCAAGUCUGUAGAGCGGCAGCACAAGUUGGAAGAAGCCUUACUGUUUUCAGGCCAGUUCAUGGAUGCUUUGCAGGCCUUAGUUGACUGGUUGUACAAGGUGGAGCCACAGUUGGCUGAGGACCAGCCUGUACACGGGGACCUUGACCUCGUCAUGAACCUCAUGGAUGCCCAUAAGGUUUUCCAAAAAGAACUGGGAAAGCGCACCGGCACUGUUCAGGUCCUGAAGCGGUCAGGCAGAGAGCUGAUUGAGAACAGUAGGGACGACACAACCUGGGUAAAGGGGCAGCUCCAGGAACUGAGUACUCGCUGGGAUACUGUGUGCAAACUCUCUGUUUCCAAGCAAAGCCGACUUGAGCAGGCCUUAAAACAGGCAGAAGAGUUUCGGGACACAGUCCAUAUGCUGUUGGAGUGGCUUUCUGAAGCAGAACAAACGCUUCGCUUUCGAGGUGCCCUUCCUGAUGACACAGAGUCCCUACAGUCUCUCAUUGACACUCACAAGGAAUUCAUGAAGAAAGUAGAAGAAAAGCGGGUGGAUGUGAACACAGCGGUGGCGAUGGGAGAAGUUAUCCUGGCUGUCUGCCAUCCUGAUUGCAUCACAACCAUCAAACACUGGAUCACCAUCAUUCGAGCUCGCUUUGAGGAGGUCCUGACAUGGGCAAAACAACACCAGCAACGCCUGGAAGCAGCUCUGUCAGAACUGGUGGCUAAUGCUGAGCUCCUGGAAGAACUCUUAGCCUGGAUCCAGUGGGCUGAGACCACCCUAAUCCAGCGGGAUCAGGAGCCUAUCCCUCAGAAUAUAGACCGAGUUAAAGCUCUUAUCACUGAGCAUCAGUCAUUUAUGGAGGAGAUGACACGCAAACAACCUGAUGUGGACCGGGUCACCAAGACAUAUAAGAGGAAGAAUGCAGAACCUGCCCAUGCUCCUUUCAUCGAGAAGCCCCGCAGUGGUAGCAGAAAGUCCUUGAGUCAACCCACACCUCCUCCCAUGCCAAUCCUUUCACAGUCUGAAGCAAAAAACCCACGAAUCAACCAGCUCUCUGCCCGCUGGCAGCAAGUAUGGCUGUUAGCACUGGAGCGCCAGCGGAAGCUGAAUGAUGCCUUGGACAGACUAGAGGAGUUAAAGGAAUUUGCCAACUUUGACUUUGAUGUCUGGAGGAAAAAGUAUAUGCGUUGGAUGAAUCACAAAAAAUCUCGAGUCAUGGAUUUCUUCCGGCGUAUUGACAAGGACCAGGAUGGGAAGAUAACGCGUCAGGAGUUCAUCGAUGGCAUUUUAGCAUCCAAGUUUCCUACCACCAAGUUAGAGAUGACAGCUGUGGCUGACAUUUUUGACAGAGAUGGGGAUGGCUACAUUGACUACUAUGAAUUUGUGGCUGCCCUACAUCCCAAUAAGGAUGCCUAUCGACCAACAACUGAUGCAGAUAAAAUUGAAGAUGAGGUCACAAGACAAGUGGCACAGUGCAAGUGUGCAAAAAGAUUUCAGGUGGAGCAGAUUGGAGAGAAUAAAUACCGGUUCUUCCUCGGCAAUCAGUUUGGGGAUUCUCAGCAGUUGCGGCUGGUCCGUAUUCUGCGCAGCACUGUGAUGGUUCGUGUUGGUGGAGGAUGGAUGGCCUUGGAUGAGUUCUUAGUGAAAAACGAUCCCUGCCGAGCACGAGGCAGAACUAACAUAGAGCUUCGAGAAAAAUUCAUCCUGCCAGAAGGGGCAUCCCAGGGAAUGACUCCAUUCCGAUCACGGGGUCGAAGGUCCAAGCCAUCUUCCCGAGCAGCUUCUCCCACUCGCUCCAGCUCAAGUGCUAGUCAGAGUAAUCACAGCUGUACGUCCAUGCCUUCUUCUCCAGCCACCCCAGCCAGCGGAACCAAGACUCCACUUCAGGUCUCUCGCUGUUAUGACAAACCCUGGCUGGUAAACAGUAAAGCUGGCACCCAUGUCAGGGACAGCCACUGUCCUGACCUCCAGCUCCUCAGCCCUGAGGUUAUUCCAUCGACAGGCAGCAAGCUGAAACGGCCAACACCAACUUUCCAUUCUAGCCGGACAUCCCUUGCUGGCGACACCAGCAAUAGCUCUUCCCCAGCUUCCACAGGUGCCAAAACUAACCGGGCAGACCCUAAAAAGUCCGCCAGCCGUCCUGGGAGUCGGGCCGGGAGCCGGGCCGGGAGUCGAGCCAGCAGCCGGAGAGGAAGCGAUGCCUCUGACUUUGACCUUCUAGAGACUCAGUCAGCUUGUUCAGACACUUCUGAGAGCAGCGCUGCAGGGGGCCAGGGCAGCUCCAGAAGAGGGCUCACCAAACCUUCCAAAAUCCCAACCAUGUCUAAGAAGACCACAACUGCCUCCCCCAGGACUCCGGGUCCCAAGCGAUAACGCUGUACAAGCACCCCAUACCACUAUCCACUUUGAAUCCUGCUCCAUACAUUGGGUGUAUAUUUAUUCUGAACGGGAGAAGUUAUAUUGUUAAAAUUGUAAAAGAAUAAUUGUGUUAUGAAGCUGCCUUAUUUUUUUUCCUUUUUGUAAGUUACUAUUUUCAUGUGAAUAUUUAUGUAGAUAAAAUUUGCCUCCUGGUAGCCCUGUAAUGGAUGGGGCCCAGAGAUGAAAUAUUUGAGGAAAACAAAAGGUCAAGACGCAAAUGUGUAUUAAAAAGAAAAGCCUAAAUAGGGUUCAUGUGGCGCAGGGUUGUAAACCUGCUUUAUCUUUUAGGAGUAUUCCUAAAUGCAUCUUUAUAAACUUAACUUGCUAUAUCAGCAAGAUAAAUUAUAUUAAAAAAAUAAGAAUUCUGCAAUGUUUAAGGAACUCUUCUUUGUAAAUCACAGACACCUCCAUUAGCAAGAACUAAGGAGAGGGCACUUAAGAUUGCAUUUCCAUUGUUCUACUGUCAUGGAAUUGUAGCUAAAGAGACAGAACCUCAUCUAGAUAGCUUUUGCAAAGAGUUCAUUGCAAUAUUGUCUUAAAAUAAAGUCUCAGUACUGGGUGUUAAAGGCACAUAGCUGCUAGGAUUCAGGGGUAAAGGAAACUUCAGAACAUUGGGGUUUUAAACUGAUUUGUAACAACUGUCCAGCCCAGCCAUCAAAAACUCCUAUGCUCACCAGGCCCCAGGCCCUGGUGAGGGAGACUCCUUGGUGGCACUGUGAAUUCCAGAUUUGUUUAUCUGCUUUUUUCUUUUUCUUUCUUUUUCUUUUCUUUUUUUUCUUUUUGCUAUUUAUUUAAAUCAAUCAACCUCCCACAAACUGAGGAAUGAAUUCCAUAAGCCUAUUUUGAAAUGUGGACCUAAGACAAACACUUGCUCAUCCUUUGACGGAGUUCACCAGCACACCUGUUCACCAGUCCCGUUUGCUUCCGUCUUUUUUGUGUGUAAUAAAGUCAGCUGACCAAGUGACCAUGAAGGGGGGCUAUCUGGGGCUCCUAUUUUUUAGCUGCUGUUCCUCGUCAGCUCUGACCAUGUUGCUGUGUGAUUAUCUCAGUUGGUUUUAAUUGAGGCAGAAAUUGAAGCUCUACCAAUGAACUGUUUAAAAACAAGACACACUUUUGUAUUAAAAUUGCUUGCGGUAACAAA